AUGCCUCAACCACCUCACAAUCGUCAGAAUCCCCUCAAAUCGCCACCCCGACAACCGCGAAACUCACCUCAACAACUUCCACCGCAAAUACUAGCACCAUGGAGAUCUUGGGAUUCGGUCGCCGUCAACAUCUUCAAUGUUCCAAAAGAGGCGACAGCAUUCCGUAUAUGGCAAGCCUUCAACAAGGAAGGUAGUAUUUUCUCCAUCGAUCUCUUUGAAGACUCUCAUGGUAAACGUGGAACGAAAGGGAGGAUACGUUUCAAGCCUCCACCCCAGGUGGCCUUUUGGAGAACAGGAGAAUAUGCCAUUCGACUGCCCAAUGGAGAAUCGUGUACUAUCUCGGUCGCUCUCGACGUCAAUCAUUAUAAACCACAAAUUGCAAGUCCAGUCCGGCCUGAAGUCAACUAUCCGGCUGAGUUGAAAAUUCCAAUUUCUUCUAUGCAAGUUGGUGUUUUGCUUGACGACAAAACUUUCUUACCCCAGCGCACAGUCGGCCAAGGACCCAGCGAAACUGCUUACUUGGUACUUGAUCUGAAAGCCCGAGCCCUUUAUGUCCGCUUCCAGCUAGCCAUUUCGUUUUCAAGAUCAGCAACAAACCAAACCAAUGAUCCACAUCACGAGUAUCGCCUGAAGAUAGCAUUGGUGCAAUUGGCUGAAAUUCAUCAGGCUAUUGACCCAAAAUCCGAAGAAGUCUCCCACUUCACUGUAUUAGAUACGCCUCCUGUCUAUCACCGACGCAUCUCCAAUAUCGUCCACACCUUCAUAGAUGACAAUACAUGGAGGGAAUCUGAUAGUUGGUACCGGCAGACCUACAUUGUUCGCCGGCCGGAAGAGCUGUCCUCUCUUCCCAUCAGCUUGAGAAGAAGCAAUUCAGUGAUUGAUAUCGGGCGCUGGAAUGCCUUUUGGAUCACGUAUCCAAAAGAAGCCCAUCAGAAAGGUCAACUCGCUUUGUUACAGGAUAUCCUCACCGAUUACAAUGUGAAGAUUAGCACCACAGGCUCUUUCUCUCGUUGGGAUGAGAGCAGAGAACAAAUGCCCCAGGUUUGGAAAUGGAUCGACGUCCCAGAAUCUAAGGCCCCGAAACAUUCUCAGUCCUCUUUGGAAGAUCUGAUUGACCAGAACUAUGUCCAUUUAUCUUUCCCUGUCCGAUAUCAACUCGAGGUAUGCCUAUCAAAUGGGUAUCUUUCUGAAUACACCAUGAGCCGUGACUUUGUUGUCAAACUCUCGGAACUCGGGGAUGAUCGGGCUAGAAAGCUUUUGGAGCAUGUGGCAUCCAAAAACCAAGUUUACCGUGAUCCAAUGAAGAUAUUCGAUCUCAAGUUCAUCAAGGGAGUGACUGAUCUGAAAAUACCGCCUUACUGCUGUUACAUGCGCUCCGCCAGAAUCACACCUAGUACCAUUUACUACAACACUCCGACGGUUGACAUUUCGAAUCGAAUCAUAAGGCGCUAUAUGGAAUACGCCGAUCACUUCCUCCGAGUUCGUUUCACAGAUGAAAAGCUUCUCGGCCGAAUCAACUCAACUACCGACAACACUAUGGACGAAGUGUUCACCAGAAUCAAAAGAGCGUUGUCAAAAGGAAUCGUCAUCGGCAACACGCAUUAUGAGUUUCUUGCAUUUGGGAACUCACAAUUCCGGGAGCAUGGAGCCUACUUUUUUGCACCAACUUCUAAUCUCACCGCCGCUAAUAUCCGUGCAUGGAUGGGACAUUUCAACAACAUUCGAAACGUCGCCAAAUAUGCGGCGAGACUGGGCCAAUGCUUUUCUACAACACGUGCUAUUUCUUCUGGGUCUCAAGUAGACAUUCGCCCAAUAGAAGAUGUUGAACGCAACAGCUACAUAUUUUCAGAUGGUGUUGGUAGGAUCUCUCGUUUUCUCGCUCAGGUGGCGAUGUCAGAUCUUAAGAUUCACACGCCAACCGGUGACCCUCCAUCCGCUUUUCAGUUUCGCCUCGGAGGCUGCAAGGGAAUGCUCACGGUCUCCGAGGAAGCCCAAAACAGAGAGGUACACAUACGAAAAAGUCAGGACAAAUUCAAAGCUACACACAGCAAACUUGAGAUCAUUCGGUGGAGUCAAUACUCGAUCGCGACACUGAACAGACAGUUGAUCAUGGUGCUAUCAUCGCUCGGUAUACCGGAUCUUGUAUUCCAUAGUAAGCUGAAAACCAUGAUACAAGGCCUGGACGAAGCCUUGGAGAGUGAUGCGCGUGCCGUUUAUUGGCUGAAAAAGUACGUGGAUCCGAAUCAAAUGACGCUCAUCACCAGCCAAAUGGUUCUCGAUGGAUUUAGGCGAUCGAAAGAACCGUUCAUGACCUCAAUCCUGACCCUCUGGAGGGCGUGGCAUCUCAAGUACCUCAAAGAGAAAGCCAAGAUUGCGAUUGAUAACGGCGCUUCUUUGCUUGGAGUAAUGGACGAAACUGGGAUUCUCAGUGGUUACUUCGCUCAUAAGACACCCAGAGUCGAUGCUACUCGUGAAGAACGUUUGGCAGCUUUGCCUGAGAUAUUUCUCCAAAUAUCAAGCCCCGGAAAUGGCGGGAAAUAUGAAGUUAUUGAAGGCCUCUGCAUCCUGGCUCGCAACCCAUCUCUUCAUCCUGGGGAUAUUCGAGUCGUGAAAGCCGUCAACGUUCCACAGUUGAACCAUCUCCAUGAUGUCGUCGUCCUGCCUCAGACCGGGGAUCGAGAUGUAGCGAGCAUGUGCUCUGGUGGCGAUCUAGAUGGUGACGACUACCUUGUUAUGUGGGAUCAAGACCUGAUACCUGAGGACUGGUUUUGUGCCCCCAUGAAGUAUGCAAGCAACAGAGCCCAGGACCUUGAUAGGGACGUGACAGUAGACCAUAUCACGUCAUUCUUUGUUACUUACAUGAAGAAUGACUGUCUUCCAAGAAUUGCUCAUGCCCAUCUCGCUUGGGCAGACCGGCUCGAGGACGGCGUCAACGAGGAGAAGUGCAUUCGGCUUGCCCAACUCCAUUCGGAUGCAGUGGAUUAUAACAAAACAGGAAAUCCGGCCACUAUGAAACGCGAAUUGGAACCUCGCUUAUGGCCUCACUUCAUGGAAAAGAGACACAAACCAAAGGAAAAGAUCUACCGCUCCGGCAAGAUUCUUGGGCAGUUGUACGACGCCAUUGAGCGGAUUGAUUUUGUACCCAGUCUAGGAAUGCCCUUCGAUGAAAGAAUCCUCACCUGCCAGUUGGAUGUCAGCGACGACCUCUACGCGUUUGCUACGGAACUGAAGGCCGAGUAUGAUAGCGCCAUGCGGCGAAUCAUGGCACAGCAUGAUAUCAGAACUGAAUUUGAAGUCUGGUCUACAUUUGUCCUCAGUCAUUCCAAUAUGAGCAAGGAUUACAAAUUUCACGAGGAGAUCGGAGGCAUCUCAUCUUCACUCAGUGAAAUGUUCAGGAAACGAUGCUACGACAAGGUUGAAGGCCGAGAUUUUGAGAAAUUGGCUCCGCUCGCCGUGGCAAUGUAUCGAGUCACAAGUCAGGAAAUGAGUCUCGCAUUACAAAAGUAUCGCGACGAAACCCCUCAGCAUCCCGAAGAUAUUAUCACUUCGGUGCCCAAAAUUGAUCAACUGCCAAUCAUCAGCUUUCCAUGGAUUCUGCCGCAUGUUCUAGGAAAGAUCGCAACAGGACUCUAUGAGCUUCCAGUUGUUGAGCAGGCUGAUGUUUUUGGUUUAUUCAUGGACAGCCAAACCAUGGGUGCAUCAAUUGCAUCAACAGAAGUCCGUCCCAAGCAGGAACAUGUCAAUACCGACAUCCAGUCCUUAGAGGAGCUUCUCGAUUUCGGCUUUUCCGAUGCGCCGCGCAAAUCAUCGUCGUCACCGUUAUCAGACCUGCUAUCUCUUCCUAAUGAUUCUAUCGAGGACGAAUUCAGCCUCUUGGAUCUCAACAAUGACUCGGGAGGCACUAGCGGUGUCGAAAAGAAAGAGGACGAGAAGAUGAUCGAUUUGCUAGGAUCUGCGACAUGCUGCGAUAUUCCAACGGUCCACCAGACCGUGGAGAAUCUUGUCCGCAGAUCCGUGACCGAGGAACCAAUGGAAAAGGAGGUAAUGCUGAACCUGGAUGUACCGAAGGUGACAAGCAUGGAAGUUCCAGGUGGCUGCGUCGAACUCGUAGAGGAAGAAGAUGAUGUCGAGGCCAGUGCGCUCGAUAAGUUCAAUGAGAUACUGGGAGCCUGA